GGGAUGUGACGUCAAUCGGUGACGCAGGUUCGCCCUCCAUCAGCAGCCGAGCCCUCUGACAGAAAACACCAACCGCAUACGGAGAGGCACCAAGGUUUGUGGAAAUAUGUAGUUAACUGACACCGAAUAUUUCGACAACGAGGUUCUGGGGGAACUGAGCAGUUGCAUGGGCAGUUACCAUGGGAGGCCAUGAUGAUGUCCCAUAUGUUGUGAGUAAACAAAAGCAAGAUGAGGAGCUGAAGAACAAACUGAAGGACAGUAGCCAUUGGUGUGACCAGGAAACCACUGGUAACAAUGCAAAGUGGGUCAAAGAAGGCCAGAAUCAGCUUAGGAAAGUAGCUGAGAACCAGCAGGAACAAGACCAUAACUGCAACAUCAGUCAGAAUGGAAACGAGGAUGAUUUCCCUCAUCACAACACCACAAGAGAAGAACAACAAGGAAAUGAGGAGCAGACCAAAUCUACUAAAAUUGCAAUAAGCCCAGGUCUUAGCCAGGAGGAGUCCAAGAACCUCCUCAACGAACCACUUCUCAUCAAUACUCUGGAGUCCACAGAAAAAAAGGAAGGAGAGGCGGCUAAAGAGAAGGAAAAGAAUGCAGAAAAUGACGAGGAGACAACGGGUGAUACCAGAGGAGAGAAAGUAUCAGAAGAACAGGGUGACGUGGAGUCUCAGAGAGAAGGGAGUGUAGGAGGGAGAAAUGCCUGCCUCCUCUUUUCCAACAUGAAUGGGACACCAAGUGAUGAAGAGGCAAACUGGCCUGGAUUGUCCCAGGAAGCAACUGCUGACAGCUCUCCAAAUGGCAACAAAGAGUCCUUUUGGGACUCCAAUGCUUUUGAGACAGACACGGACUUGCCCUCAGGCUGGAUGAGGGUUCGUGACACAUCAGGCACUUACUACUGGCAUAUCCCUACAGGCACCACCCAGUGGGAGCCUCCAUCUCCCCUUAGUAAAGUUGUUGACUCAAUCAUGUCCUCCUCUAUGUCCCUGGAGACAACUCCUUGUGAGGAGCCCGAGGAAUCCUGGACUCACCUUUCCAGCACAGAUGAAGGGGCUGAAGGAGAAGGAGAACUGUGGAAGGAGGAGGAGGAAGAGGAGGAGGCAGAAGUCGCAUCUGAUCAAAGUCUGAAGGAGUUUGAGGGAGCGACCUUACGCUAUGCUUCCAUUAACCUAAACUACAAUUGUUCCCAGUCUGAGGAAGAUGAGAAGCUCCCACCACUGUUCACUGACUUAGAAACAAAGUGUUUUGCAGUGCGUUCACUGGGCUGGGUUGAAAUGUCUGAAGAGGACAUGGCUCCUGGCAAGAGCAGCAUUGCUGUCAACAACUGCAUCAGACAGCUGUCGUACCACAAACACAACCUUCAUGACACUGUUGGAAUCUGGGGAGAGGGUAAAGACAUGCUGAUGGUUUUGGAAAAUGACACAAUGAACUUGAUUGACCCGCUGGGCCAGACUCUGCUUCAUGCUCAGCCAAUUGGCAGCAUCAGAGUUUGGGGUGUGGGCAGAGACAAUGGCAGGGAAAGGGACUUUGCAUACGUGGCUCGGGACAACCUGACCCAAGUUCUUAAGUGUCACGUUUUCCGCUGCGACUCGCCUGCCAAAAACAUCGCCACCAGCUUACAUGAGAUGUGUUCAAAGAUAAUGAUGGAGAGAAGGGCAACCAGGCCCGGGGCUGGCAGACACAGCUUCGAUAAACCCAUGGUCAUCCCUGUUGAAGAGUUUCCAGCUCCUAAGAAUGAACUUGUUCAGCGCUUUAAUGUUUACUACCUUGGUUGUGAAGCGGUGGCUAAACCAACUGGUGUGGAGGUGGUCAAUGAUGCUCUGGAGGCAGCAAUGAAUAGCAAAGACAAGAACGAUUGGACCCCCGUCUCCGUCAAUGUCGCACCAGCAACCCUCACAAUACUUUCAAGACAGAAUGAGGAGGUUCUGUCAGAGUGCAGGGUUCGCUUCCUGUCUUUUAUGGGUGUUGGCAAGGACGUCCACACCUUUGCCUUCAUCAUGGCAGAAGGUCCGCAAGAUUUCAUCUGUCACAUGUUUUGGUGCGAUCCCAAUGCUGCCAGUCUGAGUGAGGCUGUACAGGCGGCCUGCAUGCUGCGCUACCAGAAGUGUUUGGAUGCACGUCCACCCAGCCUGGCCUCCUGCCUGCCCACUCCUCCUGCUGACUCAGUGGCUCGACGUGUCAAGAAAGGGGUGCAGAGUCUACUGGGCAGCUUCAAGAGCUACAGGUCAGGCUCUCAGUCCCCCUGAGCCAGACAGAAGAUUACACAAGCUCUAAAUCACAAAGGGUCCAUCAUAAUAUUCCUUCUUCACUCUCACCUCCUCCCAUCUCACCGCCACUCUUUCGCCUUACGACAACUUGACUUGUCUGGUUAGUAGUCCAGUAGGUGGAUUAGUUUCUGGAGGAAUGUGUCUCUAAAGAGAGCAUUUUAUUUCUUAAUCCAGCUUUACUUUUAUGCAAAAAAAAAAAAAAACUCUCAUCUCCAAACGUAUGUACACCCGGCACUUUUGUUUCACUGCUGGGGUUAUUUGAUCUCAUCUUAACUAUUUUUGUGUUUUAACAGAAACAAUGCUAUGAAUGUUGGUUGUGCACAGUAGUUUACAUGCUAUGAAAAAGAGGUUGCUUCUGUUAUAUUUUCAGUGCAGUUAUCUUUGACACUAUUUUUUAAACUAACUGAGGCCUUGGUCAUACUUUUCCACAUCCUGUGUCAGAAGAGAGAUGCUAUAUUUUUCAGCUAUAUGUCUUUGUGAAAGCUCAGCUCACCUAUGGACUAAUUGGACCAUGGCUGGAUCAAGACAAGCUGAUCAGAGUUUUUGAAAAAUCAAUCAAAUCAACUUGAGUGAUUUAAAAAAAUUCAAAUGACUUGUUCGGUAUUUAUAUAUAGUGAGACAAGAGUGAAGGAUUUAACCAUGAACAGUCUGCAGGAACUAUGUAAUGUCUGUUUCAUUUCAUAGUUCCUGCACACUGUCCUUAUGACGUCUCUGGUGGUCCAGGACUGGAUCCCUGUGACCAGAUGUCAAGAACUGACUAAAGUUCCUACACACAAAGGUCACUGUCCCUUCUCCCUUUGCAGGAAUUGUCCCAGUCAAAAAUGACAUGUGAUAUUUGCACGCUUUGUUUUGCCCAAUGCUCUUCCUAAUGCAGCUUUUGAAUAAGCACAUCUGUGCAGACAAACAGACAGGGAUGGAUGACUCGAUAAAAAAUUAGAUCCUUGUAGAUCUUUAGAGAUACAGUACACACGUGUGGAAAGUAUGCCAAGGCUUUAAAAGGUACUGUAAUGAAGCCGUGGUCACACAGUGUCAGGUUUCCUAAUAAUGUUUUUCUUGUACAGCAUCAUUGCACGUCUCUCUGCCACCACGGCUCAUAACCCUAGCGCAGCAGCCAUGUCAGUAUGUGCCACGUAGUGACAUCUCCUCUAAAUCCCUCCAGAACAAUGUACCUUAGUCUUCCAAAGGAAACCACGAUCGUCUGUCACAUAGCGAACAACCUCCGAUUUGACUCUAGCCAGUUUCUCAUAGCAUUCUGCAUGAACAUAUGGUAGUUCAGUGCUGGUGUGCAAUAAUGGGAUGUUUCUGUAUGGUAUGUUGAUCAGUGGAGUGUGUGUGGCCAAUGGAACAGCAGAGCCAUGUUAUAAUUCACUCUAUUCUUACAAGAAGAGUAAAAAAAAUAAAGGAGUAAAUAAAAAUACUCUGGGUUUCCCCGCAGCUGUUCAGCACCAACAGAACUCCUGAACAGCACUGCAGAGACUCGCCACACGCUGCAUGUUCUGAUAGCUUAGACUUCUGGGUGCUUGAGACCCGUCAGUGUAUACUGUAAAUUCUUGCUCUGUGUGUCUGUUUGGUCAACGGAGGCUGGAGUCCAUGUGUUGUUUAGUGUCACAUAGGCAUGUCACUCUCGUUAGUGUUUUAUAAUUAAGUUAGCAUUAGAUCGUCAGACCCGACGUUAGUUCCCACAGAGUGAAAUGGAGCCGGUUGACGCUUGUAUUAAUAGUCAGUGUAUAUAAGAAAGAUAGAACUUCUACUGUGGGUCACCUUCUUUCCCCUCGACCACAUUUUAAUGUGCGUGUCCUUCAGCUGCUCCGGUAAAUGUAUUUUUUAUUAUUUUAACACAACAAUGUACACCCUGAAAAAAGUUUAACACUAGCUAAUUAGAGAUAGUUUGUUUUUUUUAAUUAGGAAACACUAAUAACCAAGUCGUAGUUUAACCUUGUGUCUGUCAGUGAUCAAUACUGUGUGUAGCACAAUAAUAGAAGUCACAGUAACGAUGCAUCUUUAAUUUUGUUGGAGUGAAAAGAACAUCUGCAGGGUAAAUAUAAUAAGAUGAAAAGUUUAUUUGCAGUUAAAAAAAAUCUUUCAAAUAAAAUUAAAUGAUAAAAUACACACCGUGAAUGUAUGUCUAGUUCCCGUGGCUGGUUUACGAAUUAUUUUUAUCCUUUAUUCCGCUUGACUGUCUCUCUAAAAAUAAUUUCAAAUAUGAGAUGAGACUGUAUUGGAUCUUGCUACCAGUAGAAUAUACAUUUACAAAACUGUCCAUGUGUCAGAAAUUCAAGUUGACAACUUAGGAUACACUGAAACUCUAACAACUGCCUCUUAAGAUGAGUGGAAGAUAUAACACUAAUGGAAACAACAGACUUCUUUAUGACAUAUAUAUAUAUAUAUAAAUAAUAUAUAUAUUACUGCCAUGUGUCAUGCCAUGUUGGAAUUGUGCUUUUCUCCUCCAAUGUUUUGCCGUGUCUUGUGGGUGGCAACACUACAGCUGGACGAAUUAGAGAAAAUUAACAGAUUAAUUUAUUUCCGUUUCUGUAAAUUAGGUGUACAAACUUUAUGUAUAUAGAAAGUCACUGCACAAUAAAUGUGAACAUAUCUGAACUGUU